CUCUGAAUCCCUUUUCUGCAGAAUCCAACCCUUUUCUUCUGCCAGCCACCUGUAUCCAUGGCUACCAUGGUGAUGGAAAGUAUCGGACGUGUGUUCAUCAGCCUGCAGCAGAUCCGGCAGGUCCCCCGACUGCUGACCGAGGCGGCGCCCUCCAUGCCUGGCACCGUCACCGACUCAGAGGUCCCAGCCUACUUCAGGGAGCGCUACAUCUCCACCGGUUACAGGCCGCUUGAGCAGAGCUGGCGCUACUACUUCCAGUCGACGUUCCAGCGCCACAAUGAGACCAUCAACGUCUGGACUCACCUGCUUGCCUUUUUAUUGCUGCUGGUUAAGCUUCGCCAACUGGCAGACACGGCUGACUUUGUCAACGACCCUCAUUCAUGGCCAUUGUUGAUCCUGGUGAUAUCCUCCCUGACUUACUCGGCAUUCAGCGUAGCAGCUCACCUACUGGGGGGUAAAUCGGAGCUCUGUCACUACCUGUUCUACUUUUUGGACUACGUUGGAGUGGCGCAGUACCAGUACGGCAGCGCUGUGGUUCACUUUUACUAUGCAGUGGAUGAGGCCAUGCACCGAAACAUUCAAGGGAUCUUCAUGCCAGCUGCCACUAUCCUCAGCUGCCUGUCUUGCCUGGGAUGUUGCUAUGGGAAGUACUGCAGCCACACCUCCCCCCGCUGGGUCCGUAAGGUGUGCCAGGUGGUGCCUUCUGCCCUGGCCUAUAUGUGGGAUAGCAGCCCCGUGGCCAGAAGAAUCUUCCUUUGGUCCAGCGAUGACCCAACCGUCGUCUACCACUUUGGUCAGGUGGCGUUCUUCCUCAGCUGUGCCCUCUUCUUUACUUUCCCCCUGCUGGAGCGUUGCCUCCCCGGUCGGUGUGAUUUCGUGGGCCAGAGCCAUCAGGUGUUCCACGUUUUGCUGUCCUGUUGCACCUUCUGUCAGAUUCAUGCCUGCUACCUCGACUAUGUUCAUCGCAGGCAGCUUUAUUUGCGCCUCCAUGACAGCGGGGACGCCGCUCUCUUUGUGGGAUUAUACGUCCUGGUGUUGGUUGGAUGCGCGCUCAUCACUGCCUUCAUGCUGAGGAAAGUUAAACAGGUUCUCGACUUCAAAAUGAAGUCCAAAUAAAGAGGUAGUCUAGUGCCUUUCCUGGCAGAUACCAAGCAGGAAGCAAAGUAUCUGCACUUAUUUUCAUGUACUAAUAAAUAGAAAUGUAUUUUUUUAUUUUUAGUAUUAAUAUUAUUUAGGUUCCUGUAAUUUAUGACUAAAAGUUGAAUACCACUGCCUCAUUACAUGGCCAAUCGAAAUGGCAUUACUGUAUUGCUAGAACUUAUAUGUACAUUAGGACAUGUGUUGCUGCUAUUUUGGAGUUUUUUAGCUGUUUUGAUGUGAAGUGAAUUAUAUAUACUUGUUGCAAGGAAAGAAAAUUUUUUGUAGAAAGAUUU